AUGCUUGCAGUCGAAGCCCUCGCAGGUCCCUCGCGCCAUGCGCUGCGGUGUCCGCUACGCCACCUCCGCCCAAUACGGCGCUAUCAAUCUACCGGCCAAUCCCCGUCAUCCCAAUCUCAAUCCCCCAAGAUUUGUGCCGCACCAUUCCUCCUCGAUCCCGCCGCCGCGGCGCACAAGCUGCACAUGAAUGCCCUCAUUGCUUCUGCCAAGGGGUCGAAUCUCUUCCUCGCCGCCCUGUUGAAGCUGUUCGGGCCGGGUGUCGGAGCCAUUGCAAAGCAAUUUGGAUUGGGUGAUAGUGUAGAGAUGCGGAAUAUGAAGGCGGUAUAUUGGCCUGUCUGGCGGGUGGAUGCGCUCCUUGAAGGAUCGGUGGAGAGUAAGGGCAAGGAGGGGCCUGGCUUGAAGGCGUACAUGGCGGUACAAGAGGCGUAUAUACCUGGCAAUGCGUGGGCUCCAUUAUCGUACCUCUCUUUCGCGGUCCCACCACUACCGGAUGGGUUGCCGGAAUACGACCCGAAAGAGCACCUGACGCAGCUGGGCGAGGGAUUUGAGAUCGUCCCGGUCCCUUUCGCAGUCUCGCCCUUUGCGGUCGUAGACAAGCUUAGGCGUGUCGUGGGCAAGCGAGCGACAUUCGAACAGCUGGCGAUCGAUGAGACCAGGUGGAAGGAGCAUAUGAUCGCUUGCUAUCCCAUCUACAUGCCGAUCUACGUCGCCGAGUUCGAGCAGAAGCGGCCAGAGGGAGACAGGCGCUAUCCCGUCAUCAUGGAUGCUCAUGACAGUGACAUCAGUCAAUGCAGGGCAUCAUGGCCGCCUCCUGAAGAGGUCUUGGAGACUGGCCGCUUCAUGAACAAUUACUUUGUCAACCCCGCGCCCUUCAUCCCUGAGGCGCACCUCAUCAUGCCCUUCGUCCGCCCCACCGUCGCCGGGCCCCCCAUGUCCCCCAAUUCCCUCAAUCGAGCCUACACCUCCUGGCUCUCCCCAGCUCCGUCCUCCUCUACCUCAAUAGCCCCAUCUCCCCUCGUGGACAUCACCGAUCCCAUCAACUGGGAUGACCCACGCAUCCAAUCCUGGUCCGGCGUCGAGCGAGACCAGAAUUACGAAUACUACGACAAGGCGCAGGAAGUAUGGAAGAGCCUGGGCGUACUCGAUGGGAUUGCGCAGCUCAAGUCGCAGCUGGGAGAUGGCGCGGACCCUCAGGCGCUAAUCAAAAUUGAAGGGGACGUUGGGGCACAGCCGCGACCGAUGAGUGAGAUCAAGAAGAAGAUGGAGGAGGAUGUGGAGAAGACGAAGGCGGAGCUGCUCGGGUUGAAGCCGACGUGGUUGGUCGAGUGGGAAGAGGCGAAGCGGGUAGUGGAAGAGGGAAAGAAGUGA